AUCCUUUCCACGUCCGCCAUUUUGACAUACGGUACUUUUCGGGAGUGUUGGUUUUAUGUUUUACUGUUUCUCGUGAAAAUAAUCUUUUUUACUGAAACGUAAGUAGUCAUAGAUAUUGCAAUCGGGGCUGGUGAUGUCGAUAAACGUGACAGAGAGGAGGAAGACGUGAGAUUCGUUGAGAAUUCCCUGGGAACUAGCAUUAGGAAUACCGAGGGGAGUAGGUCGAAGGUGACAGACAACCGGGUGUAACAGUGUCUCCGUAAGCGGCAUCGAAUUCUUGGCUAUUUUGCGUCUUCAGUACUCGUACCUACAUAACCAACACCGACCAUGGGGAACAUGUUCGCAACGUUAUUCAAAGGCCUCUUUGGCAAGAAGGAGAUGAGGAUCCUGAUGGUUGGUCUGGAUGCCGCCGGAAAAACCACAAUUCUGUACAAAUUAAAGUUAGGCGAGAUCGUUACGACGAUUCCCACUAUAGGCUUCAAUGUAGAGACAGUCGAGUAUAAAAAUAUUAGUUUUACGGUGUGGGACGUGGGUGGUCAAGACAAAAUCAGGCCACUAUGGCGACAUUACUUCCAGAACACACAGGGACUGAUAUUCGUCGUAGACAGUAACGACAGGGAACGUAUUGGCGAGGCACGCGAGGAGCUUAUGCGGAUGUUAGCAGAAGACGAGCUCAGGGAUGCCGUACUACUUAUAUUCGCUAACAAACAGGACCUACCUAAUGCGAUGAAUGCAGCAGAGAUCACUGACAAGCUAGGGUUACACUCACUGCGUAAUCGUAACUGGUAUAUCCAAGCGACGUGCGCCACGAGUGGUGACGGCCUCUACGAGGGCCUCGACUGGCUCUCCAACCAGCUCAAAAAUGCCAACCGCUAAUCGUCGCAUCGCGCCGUCAACAUUCAGUUGCUAUAAUUAACAUCGUAAAGAAGGAAAAUAACAACAAGAUCCAACCAGUCGAGCCGCGCACCCGUUUCCCCACGAACGAAAGAACGUACAACACGCAACCGCAACAACAACAACAAAACUACACCAACAUAAAACGAAAAGACAUGCGAGCUGGCCGAGGACUCGAUACUAUCCUUAAAGGGUCGUCCGGAGAUGAGAGAGACUUGGAGAUAGAACAGCGAAAUCAAUUGACCAGGAAGAAGGCGUUACCGAGCCGGCUCGUAGAUGGGAUUCAGCGCAGAGAAAAAUUUCAGAGAGAAAGAGCAAGGAAAGAAGAGGACGAGGAAGAAGUGAAGGAACUACUAGAGAAUAAGAUCAAUCGACAGGAGAAUAGGGGAAAAAGGAAGUUAGGUUAGUUUUGGGGGAUAUGGGUGGGUCGGUGAUCGUUAAGAAUAAUUUUCUACGAUCGCCCGGGACUCUUGCCUCGUGCAACCACCACCACCAACAACAACAAUGAUUAAUUAUAUUAUUAUUAAUUAAUUAUAUUAUUAUAUUAAUUAUUAUUAGCAUUAUAGUUACACCUUUUUACACAGAGAAACGAUACCCACGCAAGAGCCGGAGAUUCUCGUUACAAGCUAUUUCACGCGAAACCGUUAAUUAAAAAUGAAAGAAAGAAAAAACAAUAUUUACGGAAGUUAUUGCAGAGAGAUGCACGUUAAAUUGACGCGUGCGCAAUCACGGCCCACGUUCACACUGCCUCGGUUCAGUGAAUUCCUCAAGUGACCGCUGUUAUUCGCGUUCGUGAAUCACGUUAACCUAACAUAACCUAAUCCAGCCUCUAUACCCAUUGGUUACGAUCUCCAUUAUCUUCAUCCUACGAGUUGGUCACCCCGGGGAGUUACAGAUGAUCCUGAGCUAAAGGAACUCAGGCCCUCCGGUUCCUUCCAAUCACGAUCGUUAACCUCUCAGGACGACUGGCUUUCGCGAAGGUUCGUCUCAAAGCGAAGCAAGCGGCCGGCGGGGAUGCUGUCCGUACGAUCUCUAUCACCCGGGCGACACUCUCCCGUUUGCCGAGGUACACCGGCCGGACAUACGACACUGACACCUUUCGCUCUCGUAAAUCGACAUUCCGAGGAACCUCCGACACGUUGUGGGAAAUUUAGCGAGAGCGCGACGGACCGCGGGCUACGAUAAAUCGGUUGCAGUUAUACAGACAGUAAGGAUCGAGACAUUACAAAGAAAAAGAAGGGAAAGACUAAAGAAAAGCAUAAUGAUAAAGAUUAUUCCAGAGGACGAUGAAAUUUACGAUGUUAAAUAAAAAAAAAAUUGGAAAAAGAGGAAAAAUUAAGAAUAUUAUCAUAACAAUAAUGUAAGACCGGUCGCGAGGAGCUCAUCAGACGUUUCGCACCGGCCGCCGAAGGGAUUCGUCUUCCUCUUCCUGGAGAUGAGGUUCCUGCACAAGUAAUUCUCUUUCUCUGUUACAUAGACAUUGUCCCUUUCCUUCGCUCAUCUUUCUCUCUCUCUCUCUCUCUCUCUCUCUCUCUCUCUCAUUCUCUAAUCGGCCCGAUGGAAACUCGCCUUUUCCUCUCUUUCCGUCGUAACGCGAGGACUCCGUAUAAUUAUGUAUGAAUGUUUAACGAUUUGUGAAAUAUACUGUAAUUGUGCUUUACGACGUUUAUUAUGAGUGUUCUUUGGUGUUCGACGAUAUGUAAGACGCUCGUCGACCGGCGUUUCUCGUUCUCGUCGUCGCCGUCGCUGAUUAAGACGCUGAUCCGCGUAAUUCCUAUUUCACCAUCGUGAUUUAUUCCUCAGCUAUCCUUUAAAGUAAAUAUAUAUAUAAACACACACAUAUAUAUAUAUAUAUAUUACAAUAAAUUAUAAACUGAAAAAUUAUGUACGACGACGGCCCUCGACUUGCUUCGUUCGCGUCUGGUGAAAUUGUGCUCGACUUCCUCGUUUCCCAAAGGCAGCGUGCGAAUUUUAGUCCUAGUUGCGUGUGGCGGAUUUUUGUUGUCAGUGCUGACUACUUACUUGUAAGGCUAAGUUUAGAAAUUAUAUCGAUUUUAAAAGGAA